AGUAGGUGGCGGUAUGCAACUAGUCAAGUUGGUGCGACCCACCAGUACCAACCUUAAGAACAAGAAGAAGAAGAAGAAGGACGGCGAAGAACUUCCGGUAUACGCAGGGUCCGCUGUUCUGGUUUAGAAGGCCAAAUAGCGACUUUUUGCUUCAAAGACACGAUGGCUGCACCGUUGCGUUCACUUUACUCUGCGUCAAGGACAGGCACUUUUGUGUCCAGCCAGAUUCUAGCAAGGUCCUUCGGGGUGUCCACACAAAGGGAAGGAUUUAAGUAUGUGAAUGCCCAAGAGAUCCCCACAGACAUGAAGUCCAUCACAGAUCGAGCUGCUCAGACGCUGCUGUGGACUGAGCUCUUCAGAGGGCUGGGCAUGACGAUGAGCUACCUGUUUAGAGAGCCCGCCACCAUCAACUACCCGUUUGAGAAGGGGCCACUGUCACCUCGCUUCAGAGGAGAACACGCACUGCGCAGGUAUCCUUCAGGAGAGGAGCGCUGCAUCGCCUGCAAACUGUGCGAAGCUAUCUGCCCUGCACAGGCCAUCACCAUUGAAGCAGAGACUCGUCGUGAUGGCAGCAGGAGGACGACUCGCUAUGACAUCGACAUGACCAAAUGCAUUUACUGCGGCUUCUGUCAGGAGGCGUGUCCUGUGGACGCCAUUGUAGAGGGGCCUAACUUUGAGUUUUCCACUGAAACGCAUGAAGAACUGCUCUACAACAAGGAGAAGCUCCUCAACAACGGGGACAAGUGGGAGGCAGAGAUAGCUGCCAACCUAAAAGCUGAUUACCUCUACCGAUAGACAAACACACACAGUGUACAGGUAGCACAUACAAGAAUAACCUCCCCGACUCCCAUACGUCCAUACUGUACAUACAUAGCGGAGACGUACUCUUUUCAAAUCAAUCAUCACCAACAGAUUGUCUCUGGUUUCAAUGUCAUCCCUUCUGAAGUAAUCUAACUGUUGUGGAUGACAUAUUUAUUGUGGAAUAAUGGCUGUGUGUAUGUGUGACGUCUACUGCGGCCCAUCUGCCUCAGCAUGCUGCAGUCAUCCACAUGGUUACGUCUGCACUUUCCCAUGAAACUAAAAGGUUCUGCUGUGUCAGUAAUUGGCCCUGGUAAUGAUUGAAGAUAGAGGUCCCACACCAAUAUACAUGAGUUAUUGUUCAUAUAUUGGACAUCAGUGCAGAUUUGCGCUUUGUAUUGUUUCCACCUUUUAGUCAAUGAAUAAAAUCCUGGUAGAAACUG